UCAUUACAGUUUUUUUUUGUUUUUGUUUUUUUGUUUCUUUUUGGUUACAUUGGAGGCAUAUCUUCAGCAGGAGGCCUCUUGAUAAUGCAAACCCCCUGAGCAUUAGUCACACUGUUCUUGGAAAGGAUAUCAGCCACUCCAUUUCUCUCUAUGAAUAUCCUUCAGCUGCAAGGAGGAGAAUUUUCCCAUCAACAUUCUGCGAUGAUCAAUCAAAGUCCCAAGUUGGUGACUGCCAGCAUCUCGACUCUGAAUGAGAUCAACUAACACCGCAGAAUCAGACUCUACAUCUAAUUUAAUGAUCUUCAACUCAAAAGCCUACUCCAACCCAUGAAACAAACCCCAAGCUUCAGCUUGCAGCACAUCCCUAGGACCAAUAUGGAGCAGAAAACCACUAAUCCAAGCACCAGUAUUAUCUCUAAUUACUCCACCAGCACAGGAUCUUCACCUAUCAACAUUGAGUUUACUAAUACCCUGGGGAGGCUUACACCCGCCCAGCAUCUCAAUUUGAACAUUCUUUUUAGUAGCACUCUUACUAGUAGCAGCAACUCAUUCACUAGCAUAAUUAAAAAGAGGGGCAGGAAUGAUAUGAGGAAGAGAAAAGUUUGGGUCAAACACACCUUUGCAGCUCCACUUCCAUGUGAACCAGAAGCAGAAAAUAAAAGCUACGUAAUAUCCCUCAACAAACAAUCCUUCUGCUUGAGAUUUGCAGCAAGCUUUUCAGUCCAUCCUAGAGUAGAUGAAGGAGGCAUUCUAGCAGGAAUGCUAACAUUCAACCAAACCUGCUGAGCUUCAGGAAAUUCAACAAUAAGUGAAGCAUAGAAUCUUGUUUCCUGUGGCAGAAAUGGCAAGAAGGAUCAUAUUAAGCUUGCUCCUAAAUCUCCUAAAUCUCCGCUCAUCUCUCAGCAGUCUACCUUGAACCAAAAGUCUAGAAAUUUUUUUCAAUUUGGGUGGGAUAGGAAGAUUCCAGAUACCUUUCGACCUAUAGUGAGGUGCAAUUGCAAUAAAGUUCCACACCUAACAAAGAACAUUCCCUUAGACGUGCCACUCUUGACACUUCUGUGAGCAUUUCCUCAAAGAGAAAUGAGAAUACCGAUGAUGUGAUCAACAAUAUCAAUAGGAAGACAAGCCCUGAGAAGAUUAGCAUUCCAAACCUUGGCCUGCAAUAAAUCAUGCACAGGGCUUGUCUUAAGAGCUUGAAGAGUCCAAAGGAAUUUUCAAAGGAGUUGGUUAAAGCGGCUCACCACUCACCACUCACCAGUAUCAUGAUAUUCGCAGGUCUUCAGUCCAAAACCAUGGUUUACCUCUCCAACAGGCCAAAAGGAAAGCCAGUUCUCAUUCAAGAGGUUCUCCAGGCAUUCAUAUGCUUUCCAAUGCAAAGCUUGACUCACCCUGGCACAAGGAUAUCACCUGUCCAACCCAAAUCUGAUCAUCAGGGUACAGCUGAGGAAAUAAAAAACACAACUUCAGAGAAUUAUCAGAGAGCCCCAUAUGAACUGAUUCCAGAUUUUCACAGAGAGACGGACCUUUUUUGCUGCUGGCUUAAAUUCAAGUCUUCUCUUUCUCCAAGAUUGUCCAGUAACAUUGCAAGUGUUUAUCAAGGUUCCUCCCAAGCUUCAGUGUUAGCUACUUCUUAUAUGCUCGGAUCUUCUUUCCCUAUCCUUCGCAAUACAAGCUUCAAGCUAGUGAAAGCUUCCUCUAAUGAACCAUCUCACACAACCACCAGCCAAACAACUGAAAGCAUCCAAAUUGAAUGGCACCUCACCUGUCCAACCCGAAAUCUGGUUAUCAGGGUAGAGCUGAGGCGUUCUGAACACAACAAAAUGAGAGACAGACACUUUUCAGUGAAAUUGAACUCACUUGUUUAG